AUGCAGGCCGAAGCCAGCUCGAGCUCUUCAUCCAAACCCUCAACUCGAACCAAGCAAGACACGCCUUGCCGAUACUACUUACGUUCGGGCAAGUGUAAGAGGGGAGACAAGUGCAUCUUUUCGCAUGACGCUACACGAGACCAGGUUCAGCCAGUGACCGAAUCAUCUACACUUCCAGCUCGACUGUCUGUGCAGGCUGCCGACUUCGCCUCCGGUUCAGCUUCCCGUUCGAGCUUAUCUGCCAGCGCGCAAGCUUUCCAGCCAACCACACGAGCCGUCAGCGACGAUGACGAAAAAAAUGGAGAAGCUAGAAAAGAUGUUGUUCGCGAACCACAAAUCUCUAGCUCGACGAUGCGAGCUGCGAAGGAGAAGAAGAUUAUGAAGGGUGUCCCUGCCAGCAUCAGCGAAAACACACAGCCGUGCGACAUUUGCAUGGAGGUCCCCAACGUCUACGCUCAACACCCCAACUGCAACCAUUUCUUCUGUCCUCCCUGCCUUCAACAAUGGCGACGACAGCACGAUCAGGCCAAAAGCAAGAACUGCCCCACCUGUCGCACCCCGUCCAAGUUCACCUUUGUUACCCCUGAACCGUUCACCGGUGGUGCCCGCUCUCUGGCCCUCGAGCGCUUCCGCGAGCGUGCCGCUCAAACACCCUGCAAGCAGUUCACGAAGAGUCUGGCGCUCAGCAACAAACGCCCCACCAAGCCCUUCUGCGUCUUUGGCGACGACUGCCUAUACCAGCAUCACAUAGACGGUCAGCCGCACAAGUUUGGUACAGGUCGAUAUCGGAUUCACCGUGGCAAGCGAGGGACACGGCGGAUCAUAGGGCUGAGGGAAGAGCCGGGAAGAUUCCUUAAUCCGGAGCUCCGUGCUAGGGUUCGAGUCCUCGACGAGCACGAGAGGAGAGCCCUGCCCACCGAUACCACGAACAACGAGUUCUUUGCGAGAAUCCUUAACAUGGACGAACAAGUGAGGAUGUUCUUGUCCACCAGAGUCAUUCUCAAUGCGGGCAAUCAAGGCUCUGCCCACUAA